AUGGUCGAGGCCAAGAAGGAGAAACCCACCGUCAUUGUGGAGGACCUUCGCGAACACGCCCGUCAGAUAGAGAAGAGUGUCAACGCGAAGGAGCAGCGUCACAUCUUGCGUGUCCUCCGAUCGCUGACUGCCACGCGAAAGAACGUCAACGCUCAAAUCUUGCGCCGGGUCAUCAACAGCUUCUACAACUCGGUGCCGGCUCAGCGAGAUGCUCUGCUCGCCUACAUCGAAGAGCCCAUGGACACGGGCGUCGAGGGCGUGAAGACGCCCAAGUCAAAGAUGGCCAAUCUGAAUCUUCUCCCAGAGCACGAUGUUUACUUUCAUCUGCUGGUCGUCCUCUACUUGCUUGAUCUGAAUAAUCCCAAGAGCGCCAUCAACUGCUCGGAUGCCUUGAUGGCUAAGGUUAGCAAACAGAAUCGCCGCACUUUGGAUGUUCUGGCUGGCAAAGCCUACUACUAUCAUAUGCGUUGCUAUGAGCUCAACGGACAGCUCAGCGAAACCAAAAACUUCUUCCACAGUCGCCUUCGAACUGCUACACUUCGUAAUGAUUACGAAGGCCAAGCUGUUCUGCUGAAUUGCCUUCUCCGAAUGUACCUGCACUACAAUCUCUACGAUCAAGCCUCAAAGCUGGUCUCAAAGUCCACCUUUCCGGAGAUUGCUUCCAACAACGAGUGGGCUCGAUUUCUGUACUACCUGGGGCGCAUCAAGGCCAUUCAGCUGGAGUACUCUGAGGCUCGCAAGCAUCUGCUUCAGGCUACCCGAAAGGCCCCUCAGCAGUCGGCAAUUGGCUUCAAGCAAAUUGUCCACAAACUGCUGAUCACUGUUGACUUGCUUCUGGGCGACAUCCCCGAGCGCUCUAUCUUCCGCGAUCCCACCUUGCGUCGUCCACUGGCUCCGUACUUUCAACUCACUCAGGCUGUGCGCACUGGCAACUUGCAGCGCUUUAACGAGGCGCUGGAGAAGUUCGGCUCCAAGUUUCAGACCGACCACACCUACACUCUGAUUAUUCGUCUUCGCCACAACGUCAUCAAGACUGCCAUUCGCAUGAUUAACCUCUCCUACUCGCGCAUCUACCUGAAGGAUAUCGCUGAAAAGUUGAUGCUCGACAAUGUGGAGGACGCCGAGUACAUUGUGUCGAAGGCGAUUCGCGAUGGCGUCAUUGAGGCUACCAUCGACCACGAGCGAGGUUUCAUGCAGUCGAAGGAGACGUCAGACAUCUACUGCACCUCGGAGCCACUGGACGCCUUUCACAGUCGCAUCUCCUUCUGCCUUGACAUUCACAACCAGUCAGUCAAGGCGAUGCGCUUUCCGCCU